UUAUAUAGAUAUAGAUAUAGAUAUAGAUCUUGAGGUUUUUAUAGGUGAAAUUGAAAUGGGUGAUUGUGAUAACAUGUGUUGCCAAUGUGAGAUGAGAGUUUCUGAAUAUUGUAAACAUUGUGCUAAUAUUGAAACUGCACAAAAAUUUGGGGAUAAUAAAGUUCAUCCUACUGAUUCACCGCGCCAAAGCCCUGAACCGCCGUCAUCAAAUUGUAUCGAUGGGCAGAAUCUGCAGGCAGUUACCGUUCGUCACUCCACAGCCAGGAGUGAUGAAGAUGAGGCAGAUGAUUCUGCAAAGAGCUAUUUCAGUCCAUAUAGUCUUGACAAUUCGGAUGUAGAUUCAAGUAGUGUUAGUACUAGACAUGAUUUUAAUAGUUUUAUGUCUCUUGGUUCGAGCCCAUCAGAUAGUCCUUCUAGGAUUCAGAUUACUUCAUAUAGGCUUAGAAAUGGUGUACAUUUGGAUGAUCAAGGAACACCAAGAUCGUCAAAUGAUGGUUUGUUUGAUCAAGAACACGUGGCUGUUUUAAAAGGCCAUGACCAAGGGAUUUAUGAUGAUUUUUCCAUAUUUGAUGAACGUUGUGAGAAGUCACGUAAACCAUUGGAUUUUGAAACAAAUGAUCAUAUUUGGUUUCCUCCUCCACCUGCUGAUGACAACGAGGAUGUAGAUAACAAUUUCUUUUCGUAUGCCGAGGAUGAUGAUGAUGAAAUGGGAGAUUCGAGUUGUGCCUUUUCUUCUAGUGGAAGUCUAAUGACCAAUUCUCCCAGAAAGGAUAAACUGAAUGAGGAACACCAGGAGACCUUGAUAAGCGUUGUUCAGGGGCAUUUCAGGGCUCUUGUGUCACAGUUAUUACAAUCAGAGUUCAACUCAACUGAAAAGUGGCUUAACAUAAUAACAUCAUUAGCAUGGGAAGCUGCAAACUAUGUAAAACCAGAUACAAGUAAAGGUGGGAGCAUGGAUCCCGGUGAUUAUGUAAAGAUUAAAUGUAUAGCAUCUGGAAGUCCUACUGAGAGUACAUUUGUAAAAGGUGUAGUUUGUACAAAGAAUAUAAAACAUAAACGGAUGACUUCACAAUACAAGAAUGCAAGAUUACUUGUUUUAGGAGGAGCACUUGAGUACCAGAGAUCCCGUGAUGAAUUAUCUUCUAUCGAGACACUACUACAGCAGGAAAUGGAUCAUCUAAAGAUGAUUGUCUCAAAAAUAGAGGCUCAUCGCCCAAACGUGUUAUUGGUGGAAAAGAGUGUAUCUUCAUAUGCACAAGAGUAUCUUUUAGCCAAGGAGAUCUCUUUGGUGUUGAACAUCAAACGCCCAUUAUUGGACCGUAUAUCCAGGUGCACUGGUGCCCUGAUAACUCCAUCUGUGGCUCAUGUUUCCACCACACGGUUAGGCCAAUGUGAGCUUUUCAGAUUGGAAAAAGUUUUAGAAGAACACGAAUCUGCCAACCAAUUCAACAAGAAACCAUUAAAAACUUUGAUGUUCUUUGAAGGUUGUCCUAAGCGUUUGGGUUGCACGAUCUUGCUAAAAGGCUCAUCUCGUGAAGAAUUAAUGAAGGUCAAACAUGUCGUUCAGUAUGCAAUCUUCGCAGCUUAUCAUUUAUCUCUCGAAACUUCUUUCUUAGCUGACGAGGGUGCUAGUUUACCUAAGAUGACUAUAAAGACCUCUGUACCAGAACCAGAAAUGAUGAAUCCUGGUGAUUCUUUGUCUAAUUUGUCUAGUUGUACAGAAUCCCCACCUUUCGAAGUUAUAGCUUCCGACACAUGUAUCCAAGAUAAAAAAGUUCACGGUAUGGAGGACACUGACAGAGAUGUUGAUCUAGUCUGUAGUUUAGUGGACAAUGAUCUACAAGAAAUUGCAGAUCAAGAAGAGAAACAGGUUGAAAGGGUUGAAGUAAUUGAUGGCUCGGAUGAAUAUUACACAGCUGCUGAUAAUAAUCAGAGUAUUUUAGUAGCGUUUUCUAGCAAUUGUGUGCUAAAUGGAACUGUAUGUGAACGUUCAAGACUUUUGAGAAUCAAGUUCUAUGGUGUUUUUGAUAAACCACUUGGGAGGUAUCUUCAAGACGAUCUUUUUGAUCCAACGUCAUUGUGUAAAUCUUGUAAAGAGCCAGCUGAAGCCCAUGUGACCUGCUAUACUCACCAGCAGGGUAAUCUAACAAUUAAUGUUAGACGAAUUCCAUCACUAAAGUUACAUGGAGAAAAAGACGGAAAAAUAUGGAUGUGGCACCGUUGUUUGAGAUGCGCACACGUAGAUGGAGUCCCUCCUGCAAAUCACAGAGUGGUUAUGUCUGAUGCUGCUUGGGGACUCUCGCUGGGGAAAUUUCUAGAACUUAGUUUCUCAAAUCACGCAACUGCAAAUCGUGUUGCUAGCUGUGGUCAUUCCCUUCAAAGAGAUUGCCUUCGAUUCUAUGGAAUGGGGGAUAUGGUUGCGUUUUUCCGAUACUCUCCAAUUGAUAUUCUUUCUGUCCAUUUGCCUCCAUCUGUUCUUCAAUUUGGUGACCAUGUUCAACAGGACUGGUUGAAGAAAGAAGUAGCCGAGCUUUUGAGCAAGACAGAAACUUUAUAUGAAGAAAUACUUGAUGUGCUAAAUGGGAUUGAAGCAAGAAACGAGUUGCCUGAUUCAGACGAGCUAAAUAUUCACAUCAUUGAGUUAAAGAAUCAACUAAUUAAAGAAAGAACAGAUUACAUUGAUCUACUUCAAUUUUCUGGUGAAGAAAUAGAUGUUUUUGAACUUAACCGUUUGAGACAUUCUCUUGUUAUUGAUAUACAUUUCUGGGACCGAAGAAUCUGUUCUCUAAAUCUGUAUAAUCGGAGUUCUAAUCUAAAGCCAGCUCACGAUGCCACAUCCUGGAGGAGUGAUUCCAUUCCUGAGGACACCGUAUAUGACUCAGAACUGAGUCAAGUUGAGCAAAACAAAGGACCUGAUACUAUUUCUGACUCGUUAUCGUCAUCUUUUGAUCUAUGCAAACAUGAAGAACUGCAAAAAGAUAUUGAACAAAUGACCUCCUCACUGGAACGUGCCCCAUCAGCUGCAUCAGUUUUAUCUGAUAAAAUAGACUCAGCAUGGGCUGGGUCUUUAAAUAUAAGCAGCAACCCACAUCUCAGUAGGCUAUCUCCAUCACCUGCCAGAGUUUAUUCUUUCGAUUCUGCCAUUCGACAGCAAGAUAGAAUAAAAAAAGGAUUACCUCCUUCUUCUUUAUAUCUUUCAACCCUUAGAUCUUUUCAUGCUUCUGGAGAUUAUGCUCAUAUGGUCAGGGAUCCUGUGGGUUAUAUAAAAAGGAGAAGUUAUUCACAGGCUUUUUCGGGUGAAGAUAAUAAGCUCAAUUUCACUUCGUUUCUUUCAGCAACAUCCUUUCUUCCAGAAGGGGCUCGUUUGAUAAUUCCUGAUGGUGGUCAAAAGGACAUAGUGGUUGCGGUUUACGACAACGAGCCCACAAGCAUCAUUUCAUAUGCUCUAACUUCUAAAGAGCAUGAAGAAUGGGUUACUGACAACCCAAUAUUGAGUAGGAACGCAUCAAUAGCUUCAAACGGGUCAGCUUGGCAGUCUUAUGGGUCGGUGGAUCAAGACUAUACUCAUUAUGGAAGCUAUGGGUCAGAAGACCCAUCAACAGCAAUUGGACCAAUAUUCACCGAGGGGAAAAGUUCUAAUCAUUUAACGAUUCCAUUUGAGGAUGAAUCGGGUACUGAUGGGAAGGUUAAGUUCUCAGUGACUUGUUAUUUUGCUAAACAGUUUGAUGCUCUAAGAGAGAAAUGUUGUAACGAAUUGGAUUAUGUUCGCUCGUUGAGCCGGUGCAAAAGAUGGAGUGCACAGGGAGGAAAAAGUAAUGUUUAUUUUGCUAAAUCUUUGGAUGAAAGAUUUAUUAUCAAACAAGUCACCAAAACUGAACUUGAAUCGUUUGAGGAAUUUGCACCGGAGUAUUUUAAAUAUCUGACUGAUUCUUUAAACUCUGGAAGUCCAACAUCUCUAGCAAAGAUCAUGGGAAUCUAUCAGGUGACUGUGAAACACUUGCGUGCGGGAAAAGAAGCGAAAAUGAACGUUUUGGUAAUGGAAAAUGUAUUUUACAAGAGAAACAUUUCACGGGUUUAUGACUUAAAGGGUUCUUCAAGGUCUCGUUACAACUCAGAUACAACAGGAACAAAUAAAACGCUACUAGACAUGAAUUUAUUGGAGGCUUUGCGUACAAAUCCCAUCUUUCUUGGAAGUAAAGCUAAACGAAAACUUGAAAGAGCAGUUUGGAACGACACAUCCUUCUUAGCAUCGAUCGAUGUCAUAGACUAUUCUUUGCUAGUUGGAGUGGACGAAGAGAAGAAAGAACUCGUUUUAGGAACCAUUGAUUUCAUGAGACAGUAUACAUGGGACAAACAUCUGGAAACGUGGGUGAAAGCAUCCGGGAUUCUGGGUGGCCCCAAGAACGCGACCCCAACUAUAAUCUCUCCUAAACAAUACAAGAAAAGGUUCAGAAAAGCCAUGACUAGUUAUUUUUUAACUGUGCCCGACCAAUGGUCAUUGUAAAAACAAUCCUGAAAAGGGCGAGUAUAGAAUAACAUAAAGAUUGGUAUUGGUGAGUUGGGGUUUAUAUAUGUAAUCUGGGGUAAAAUUAAAAUUUACCCUGUGAUAGAGGUUGGUUAAUUGUGUACACAAAUGUACUACAAUUAGGUAAAGGUUCUUGACGUUUUUUCACCAUUGAAAGAACUUGUACAUGCAUGUGCAUUUUAGAGGAUUCUUCUUAGAAAGUUGAUUCACAUGUAACUCUCUCUUAAUUAAAUGAAACUUUGUGGUUCAAAA